AUGUCGAUGGAUGUUCGAGUGAUGAUGAUGAUGAUGGGGGGUAUGCGCGACGUGAUGAUGAUGGAAUCGACGACGCGGGAGAGGAGGCCAAGGAGGCGUGAGGGUGAGGGCGAGGGCGAGGGCGAGGGCGAGGGCGAGGGUGGUGAGGAUGUCUUUGUGGUGCACGUGUUGUGGCAGCAGAAGAAGAGGUUGGAGAAGCCACAGACUCGGAAGAAGGAGAAGAAGAAGAAGAAGAAGAGGAAGGGAAAGAGGAAGGAGGAGGAGGAGGAGGAGGAGGAGGAGAAUAGGAAUAGUGAAAGGAAGAAGAAGCAGAAGCAGCAGCAGCAGCAGCAGAAGAAGAAGAAGAAGAAGAAGAAGAAGAAGAAGAAGAAGGCUUUGUCAUCGUGGUCAGGGGGAGGAGGGGAGGCGUCGCGCUAG